ACAAUGCCGCUGUUCUGGUCGAGCACGACCUCGAAGGCGGUGGGGUCCUUGCUCUCCCGCAGAAUCGGUCCCAGGCAUCUGGUCCGGUCCAGCCGGAAAUUCGACCCGAUUCGGUGCUUUGGUAGCAUUGUGGGCAUAGAAACCCCGUCAUCAUCGGUCCACAAAUGGACCGCCGAUUCCCAGCUGGAUUUCAAUUACAGGUCACGGAGGCAAUUUCUCGGCUGCGGCGACGGCGAAGAAGGCGGCGUGUUAUCCAAAGUUUAUGAGGAGAGGCGUGUAUUGGGGUAUUCUCCGGAGCAGUUAUACGAUGUGGUUGCUGCGGUAGACUUGUAUCAUGGUUUCGUUCCCUGGUGUCAGCGGUCUGACAUAAUUAACAAUUAUCGGGAUGGAUCAUUUGAUGCUGAGCUCGAGAUUGGCUUUAAAUUUCUUGUUGAAAGUUACGUCUCCCAUGUCGAAUUAGAGAGACCAAAGCGUAUAAAGUCAACUGUAUCAAAUAGUUCCCUUUUCGAUCAUCUCAUAAACAUCUGGGAAUUCAAUCCGGGGCCAGUUCCAGGAUCUUGCAGCCUUUAUUUCUUGGUGGAUUUUAAAUUCCAGUCGCCACUUUACCGACAGGUGGCAUCGCUAUUCUUUAAGGAGGUGGUCUCUAAGCUUGUUGGUUCAUUUAAUGAGCGAUGUCAUUUGAUAUAUGGACCAGGAGUUCGAGUACUUGAAAACUCAUAUGGACAAAGGGCAUGAGGUUUGACAUUUUUCCCCAUUAAACAAAGCGUUUAUGAGCUUCUGUGUAAUGCAGUCCGCAAUAUGAUUGAAUUCAGUAUGAUAGUCCCCCAUGCCCAGAGGCUCAUUAUUUUUUUAUCAUAGUCAGUGCUUAAGCCACUGGGCGGCAGAGGGUUUCUUCUGUUAUAACACAAUUUAUGCUUAAUAGAUUUUUGAUGUCUUCCGUA